AUGAAAGAUCAACAAGCAUUUGAAAAAUAUUUGCAGGAGAUUGAAGAUCCGAAAAAUAAUAGAGAAAUAAAUUAUGGUUUGCCCCAAAAUCCUGAUUCUUUGCAAAUAACCAAGUACAGACUUUGCAAAAAAAUCCUCGGCUACAAACUAGUUAAUAAUCUUACUCGUGAACAAAUCGCCGAGAAAACUAAUCUCAGUCUGGCCGAAACUGAGGAUAUUCUUUUCUGCUGCAUUGAAAAAUUCACUCUCGAUAGAUUGCUGAUUUAUGCUAUCACCAUUACCAGUCAUUAUAAAACUAAACACGGAAAUGUAACCACUAAUGAAUUAAUUUUAGAAAUGCUAGAAGCAGAACUAAACGAAGAAGUUCUGGAACCCACUAAAUAUCAAGGUCAGCGAAAAUUAGAAAUAAAAGGUUUGCGAGCCAGUUUUGAAAAAGCUGCCAAAAUCGCCAAAAAGAAGCCUAAUGAACUAACCCCAAAUGAUGGUGAGAAUUUACAACACGAAAUGAAAUUUCUCAGCGAGAGACUCGGUGAUGAAGAUAAUUACGAGAAACUAGAAGAAUUAACUAACCAAAAAGAGCAAAACGUCAAGUUAAUAAGGGAAUUUCCGAGGUCAACCACCCCAAACCGUCUACAAAGGGUCAACCAAAUUAAGGGAACAAAUGUAGACGAAGGGAUAACAGCCAACCUUAAAGAUUUUGAGGAAUCCAAAGGAGGAAAACUGUCAAAAACAAGAAG